CACUGCCUCAGAUGUUUUCCAGCUCGCAAAGUCCCCGCUCCCCUCCGCCGGCUCCACCUCCGGGCAGGGGCCCGCCUUCCCCCCGCCCUCCCGCACCCGGGCACGACGCCCUCCAUCAUAUAAAGAAACUUCCCGGUGCCGCCGGCCCAGUCGCUGUCCGCCCCGUCUCGGCAGCCGGCCCGGCGACCAGCGGCUUCUGCCCGCUCCAGCGCCGCGACAGAGCCCCUCAGAGAGCCGGUGCUAGGGUGAGUGUGGAGAGGCGGGCUUGGCGAGGCAGGGCCUCUGACACGAGUGGCAUGAACUUGGAGCCGGGUGAGUGCGGGAUGAACUCAGUGAGCUGUGGCAACGGGAAACUCCGCCAGUGGCUGAUCGACCAGAUAGACAGUGGCAAGUACCCAGGGCUGGUGUGGGAAAAUGAUGAGAAGAGCAUCUUCCGCAUCCCCUGGAAGCACGCCGGCAAGCAGGACUACAACCGCGAGGAGGAUGCCGCCCUCUUCAAGGCUUGGGCUCUUUUUAAAGGAAAGUUCAGAGAGGGCAUUGAUAAACCAGAUCCCCCUACCUGGAAGACAAGAUUAAGGUGUGCUUUGAACAAGAGCAAUGACUUUGAAGAACUGGUGGAGAGAAGCCAGCUGGACAUCUCAGAUCCCUACAAAGUGUACAGAAUAGUGCCAGAAGGGGCUAAAAAAGGUGCAAAACAGAUCAGCAUGGAGGAGCAACCAUUAAUGAUGAACCAUCCCUUUCCUGUAACAUCACCUUACACUUCACUACCAUCUCAGAUACCGAACUACAUGGUGCCCCACGAGCGGAACUGGAGGGAGUUUGCCCCGGAGCAGCCGCAUCCCGACAUCCCUUACCAGUGCGCCAGUGUCCCCUUCACAGCACGCAGCCACCACUGGCAAGGGCCUGGCUGUGAAAACGGUUGUCAGGUGACAGGAACCUUUUAUGCUUGUGCCCCUCCUGAGUCCCAGACUCCUGGCAUCCCGAUUGAGCCAAGCAUGAGGUCUGGUGAAGCCCUUGCUCUGUCAGAUUGUCGACUCCACAUCUGUUUAUAUUACCGUGAAAUACUGGUAAAAGAGGUGACAACUUCUAGCCCUGACGGUUGUAGGAUAGCCCAUAGCCAAAGUUACGAGGUCAGCAGCCUGGACCAAGUUAUCUUCCCUUAUCCAGAGGAUAACGGCCAGAGGAAGAACAUAGAAAAACUACUGAGCCACUUGGAACGAGGAGUAGUGCUGUGGAUGGCACCUGAUGGCCUCUACGCUAAGAGACUUUGCCAAAGCAGGAUCUACUGGGACGGGCCUCUGGCUCUCUACAGUGACCGACCCAACAAGCUGGAGCGGGACCAAACGUGCAAGCUCUUUGAUACUCAGCAGUUUUUAGCAGAGCUGCAAGCCUUUGCUCACCAUGGACGUCCGCUGCCAAGAUACCAGGUUGCUCUGUGCUUUGGGGAGGAAUUUCCAGAUCCGCAGAGGCAAAGGAAACUAAUUACAGCCCAUGUUGAACCAAUGUUUGCCAGGCAGCUGUAUUACUUUGCUCAACAAAACAGUGGACAUCUUCUGAGAGGCUAUGAUCUACCAGAACUCGUGACUAGUCCAGAGGAUUAUCACAGAUCUAUUCGCCAUUCCUCUAUCCAAGAAUAAGAUGCUCAGCAAAAGUGAUUAUGCACAGUGGAGGAGCAGAUCUGGUUCACACAUUUGGAGAUCCCACAUCACAGCUGGAUGUGUUCAGGGGUUCAAAGACAGGAAAGUGAACUAGGACAACCAUGUUGUAUAAUACAAAUGACGGGUCUUCAGCGUUUGGAUGCUACAUCUCACAUAGGUUCCACUGUUGCUGUGGGUAACUCAAAAGUGACAAAAUGAUCGCUGUGUUUACAUUUGCUUGAUGUUCUCCUGGGGUUUCGAGGACCGAUUCUUACCGAAGACUUAAAUCCAGAGUUUACACUGUUACACUGGCAGGGCUAUUUAUUUUGGGUUACUGAUCUCAGGGAAGGCACAUAAAUUUGAGGUGUUCCCAAUUUGAAAUUGUAGCUACUAUUAGGUGGGUAGGAAAUGUAGAUGGUUUAUUGAGAAUAGCUGAUACAUGUAAGUAGUUACAAAUUUAGAUUCCCAAGUGUGAUGCCUAUAUUCUUGUAUAGAACAUUUCAGUGUAUUUUUAAAAAACAAUGCAAUUCUUCAGAGACGUAUUUUUUUAAUGCCUGACUGACAUUCGUCCUGACAAUGAAUUUUGUUGCUGCCACUGUUGUUAUUGGAUGAGCCCCCAUAAUAGCAGUUUCUAAGGUGAUGCAUUUAUGGUACUGUGUUAAGAAAAGUGACCAUUCAGCUCAUUACCUGUGGAUUUAGUGGAUUGACCACUCGAAUUCUAGAGUCCCAAAGAGCAGGUUUAAAAUUAAGUUACAUUUUUCUUAUGACUGAAAGCUACUAUGCAUUUUAUAUAGAUAUAUGAAUGUAUGCAUUAGAAUCAAGUUGGCAGACCCUGAAAAUAGCACAGAAAUGGUCUUGCUGGCCCUUUUUCAAUGUCACAUGCAUGAGCCAGGUUAAAACAAGCACCAUCUCUGACUUAUCCAGAGCCAGCUCUGCUCUUUGUGUGCACUCACAGCUUCCUUCCCUCAGUACUGAAAUGAAUGUGAAGGGAGAGUUCAAGGAGAGCAGCAUUUGGCCUCCUGUAUCAAGAAAGUUGAUAAAAUACUUGUUUUAACAUUUGUCUUCAAAUAUUUUACCGAGUUGCAAUUGGAUGCGAUUUGCAGCUUCUAGUGACAGGGUGCUAUUCUAAAGACAAAGAGAAGAGGUCUGUUGGGUAUGCAGGUCGGUGAAAUGUCCUCACUGGCAAGCAGACCGUGUUAUCUUAGUAGCUUUAACUCCAGAACAUGCCCCCUCAUCAUGCUUUAGCAGACAUGCUUCAUUUGACUUUCUAAAUGAGAAAGGAAAACCGGUACUUGGUCUGGCAGCAGACUUUUGUUCUAGGGACUUUGAAUUUAUACAUCUUAAAGAUGCAUACUGUUUCGGGAUAUAUUAUCCCCCUCCUUCUCCACAGUGCCAAGCUGAAUCAACAGAUCAUUUUUUUACUUUUGUGUUCUUUGUUACUUGAAGUGUUUUUCCUGGCUUAAAGGUUUUUGAUAGGGGAGAGCUCUUUCUUAGACAUUCAAAGCACUGCUCUAGGUGGCCGUCAGAACUUCUGCAUAUGCUUUUGGCCCGCGCACACAUUUUACCCAAAGGGAACUUUGUGUUCAAACUCAACUGGUACAAUACAAAUAGUUGAUGUGGUUUUCACUUUUUUUUUUUUUUUUCCUAGUAGUCCUUGCUUCAUAUGCUCAUUGCUUCAGCUCACAUCUUAGAAUAA